AUGCAGUUGGGACAACUGCGGGAAGAGGUUUGCGAGAUCAGACGAGCUGGCCAGGCAUACGCGGACACACACGGGCGAGAAGAACUUUGCCUGUCCAGUCUGCAAUAA